AUGAAUGAAGAGAAGGAUAAGAAUAUAGACGAAGAUAUAGAGGAAGAAUCUGAGGUUGAGGAAGUAGAAUUAAGUGGAAGUGACGCUUCUGGGAGCGAUGAUGAAGAGGAUGUCGAUGAGGCGGAAGGCGAAAGUAGCGAUUCUUCGGAUGAGGAUGAGGAAGAAAAUGAAAGUGAUGGUACCACUGAAUCGGAUACUGAUGAUUCGGUUUGGAGCGAAUUUGAAGGAGGAAAGGAAGAAACGCAAGAAGCUUAUGAAGCAAUCGCUUUGCAAAUGUUUCAAGAAGGUCUCCAUUACGUUGUGAACAAUAAACCUAUUCGAGCCAAGAAAAUUUUCAAUGAGCUCCUAAGAAAUCCUCUAGUUUCCGUUCAGGAAAAAAACACAGAAACAUUUGAAGCCGAAGAUGACAGAGUGUCUAAGAUGACAAGAAUAUUUGUUGGAGUACAUAAGAAUUUGGCAGUUUUGGAAAAUGACACAGAAAAAGCAAUUCAUCACUACAUUGAGGUAUUAUCAGUUACUCCAAACAAUCCGAGCAUAUGGCGAGACCUAGCAGUACUUCUGAUUCAACUAGGAAAUCUAGACUUCGCUUUGUAUGCUGUGGAGAGAGCAUCCGGAGAAGAUGUGUUCGAAAUGCGUUUAUCAAUUCUUUUUUUAGCCCGACAGUUUCAUGCUUGCCUCGAAAUGAUAAAGGAAGCGUCUGAUGCCGAUACCAUGAACAAUUUGAUGACAUACAUUAAAGAAAAAAUUCGUGGUAUCAGCGAGCAUUACAGAGAGGUUUGCGAUGAUCUUUUUGGAGAAAAUAGGCGGUAUCAAGCCAGCACUAGUCUUAGUACGGAAAUUCAAUUAGAGUUACAAAAAAGAAUUGAAACAGCACAAAGCAAAGUUGAUAGCGUUCUUGAUUUUGAAAUCCCAAUAGAGUCUUAUGAAGUCAUUGAGAUAGAUAUAGAAGCCGAGUAUGACCUUCCACAUAUUUUAACAAUUUUCUGUGAUUUGUUCGAUAGAAUAGAAUCGUACACUUCACCUUCUCUUCAAACCAUCACCUUCCGAUCUUGGGGUGAGAGGUUAUAUUACAUUGAAGCUGAAAGAGCUAUAAAUGAUAUACAAACUAUCAUCGAAGUGGUUGAUGACAUGAUCAAAAAGAUAGAGUCUCCUACUUUUGCACUUAUGAAGGCAGAGGAAAAGCAAGCGAAAGCCCCUGCUUCAGUCAACAACGGGAUGUUUGUGAGAAGGUCCGUUCGUAAAGUUGAAACUUUCGAUGUUACUGAACCCGAUGAAAGUGAAGAUGAAAACCUCCCCAAUAAGCUUGCUGAUCAUCUAGACGUGAAAAUGCAAUCGAAAAUCCUUGGGUUCAGAACGACAAACUCUAGAACUCGUUCACCCUCCCCAAUUAUGGAUUGCAAAUCAUUUGAUGCGGAUGCUUUCGCAGAUUCCCUGAAACAAACUUUGUUUUCUGGCACCUGGACGAUAUGUGAAAUACUGGAAUGUGUUCUCUUAGAGUUAACAAAGCACACUCCAGCAAAAGGGAAUAUACCGAAAUGUUUAUAUGAGCCUAUCGCACAAAUAUAUCGAAGAAUGCAUUUCAUCAGAAGUAAUAUGGAGGGUAAAAAAUGGAUCGCUCUUCACAUGCUUAUGUUCGAAAUAGGUGAGUAUCGUGGGCAGGACUACUGUGUCAGACACCAUUUCAAAAACGGAUGGGAAAAAGUACAUCUCGCUGUUAGAUUUGCAUGGAAUUUCGUGUCUGUUAUAACGAACGAAAAGACACAGUUAAAGUAUCUGCUUGAAGCAAAAAACUGUUUAGAUGAAAACAGCCAAAUAUUGACAGCAUCAGGAAUUCUGUACAAAGAUGAUUUCACUCGGAAGUUGGAUGCUAUCGAGAAAGUUGAUCGUGUAAAAUCCAUUGAAGAGCUGCGGGCAGCCAAUCUACAUGAGCAGGUUGUGAGCAUAAUAUCGAAAGAUAUAGAUUUCAAUGUUGUGAGUGAAGAGGAAAUGGAUAUUAUUCUGUCAUAUUGGCUGGAAGGUUUGAUAUUUGUGAAGAAUUUCGAGGAUGCAUGUAAAGUUAGUCUGAGAUAUCUUCAUCAUAUCUGUUCUGGGGAAGAAAAGUCGUUAACAAGAGCUUCCAGAGUCUUUGAGUUUAUUGAAAAAUUUGAUCUCAGUGGUGUUUCUAAUGAGACACUUAACUCUCUCGCGUUUUACUUUUGUCAAAUGCUUGUGGAAUUUUCGAAGUAUUGGCCGUUAUGGAGAGCUUUGCAUAAAACUGUGAAGGUUCUAGAUGGCGGAUUCAGUUUUUCCUACAUCAAUUCGUUGAACCCCGAUGUUGAUUUCAUGCCUUCAAGAGCUUUGGAUGUUUUAUCGAAAGCGCACGAAACUUUAGGAAGCGAAAGAGUAUGCGGAGAUCACAACGGAGCCUUUCUGGGUUAUUAUUUCGAAGAAUUGAAUGAGCUUGUUCGAAACGAAGAAAUCGUAAACCAUUUAUUACUUAAAGAAAACUUCUGGAUUUGGUCGAACAUCAACGAAGAAAUUGCUCAGUGCCUCCAAUGUGCUUUUGGCCGUUUUUGUAAGAAACGUAAAGCAGUAAGUGAUCACGAAUCAAGAGGCACGUUCAUGCCCAGUAAGAAGCAGGCCGACGUCAUUUUGAAUCUCGCCAUGCCCUUACCAAUGCCUAUGUUUGACGAUAAAGAAAGACUGGGGCAUGACAUAGUCGAGUUGUUGCAAUCAAAGUUCGCAAACCACAUAACUGUCAGUCAAGCGAGAAAUAAUUACAUUGAUACUUUCCGCUCAUGGUUGAAAACAACCUACAAUGGAUACAAUGUGAGAGAAGAACCUGAAUGGCCAGUCGCUCAAGAAUCUGAAUUACAAAGCCGGAUUUGGUUCGUGAUGGCUCUUCACAACUAUAGGCAGAAUAAUAAUGCAGAAACGAUAACGUACUGCUCCCUUUUUUUCACGAGUUCAGCAGUUAAAAUGACAAGCUCUUACAUGGUUUCUGCAUGGGCAAUGUUAGGACAUUUUUGUGUUUGUGACUUGUUCCAACUCAGUAAUGACGAAAUGAUAUACCAAUUGGAUUGGUUAACUAUGCCUUAUAGAUUUGCUAUUCAAAUGGAUGGAACAAUGGCCGUUCUACAUUUCCAACACGCCAAUUGUCUUUAUCAAGUAGCCACUCGUUUGGAACGGUUUCUGGACACUUUAGCAGAUGACGAUAUCCGGAAGAAACGAGUGCCUUAUGUGAGGAAACUCAGGUCAGAAUCUCUUCACCACUUCGAAGAAGCUCUAGCUUUGGCAAAGCCACCGAGUGGUAGUUUGGUUGAAGAGUUCCAUUGGCUCUGUUAUUUCUUCAUGGCGAAGUUGCAUGCUAAAGAGGAGACCUGCGAUGUUCUUAAAAUUGCUGAUUAUCUCUUCGAAGCAGCUUGUUCCUGUCAGCUAGGAGACUAUUAUUAUUACCCCCUGAAAAUCAACGUUAAAAAACAACAAAAUGUGGAACCAAUUGAACUUCAUUAUCAAGUUCAUUCGGUAGCUUUCAAAUACAUCUCAAACACCGAAGAUCCGCCAAUGGAAACUCUUGUCACAUUGAUCUCAUAUCUCCGUGCUUUCCAAAGACACAAGGUUGUUAAAAACAACUAUUCUCUGUUCUCUUGCCAUCCUGAAAUAGAAGAAGUUGGUCUCAAUUUGACUCUCCAAGUGGAGCAGAGUUUGAAGACGCAUGAGACUGAUAUUGAUGAAUUGAUGGAUGAUCUGGUCUCUAAAGCGUCUUUGAUUCAAGAAAUUUGGGAUAUGUGUUUAACAGGAUUCGAGAUUGUCUGUGAGAGGUUCCCGCAUCCUAAAGCUCACUAUCGUCUGGCACAAAUGGAGCUAUCAAGGCAUAAUACGGACAAGUGUUUGGAACAUUUGUUCAAAGGAAUAUAUCGCAGAAAAAAGAGAGAAAACUUAUUCUUUGAGAAUGUUGUGCUCAUAACAUCAAGUGACAUCGAUCGCUCCGGCUCGUUCACUUUCCAUUUCGACCGAUGGUUAAGAUUAACAGUUUCCAUGUGUGUUAAGAUCAAAGAUCUCGGAACUCUCAUGAACAUCUUGACUGCUGUAGCCAAUGAAAUAGGUUGUGAAGAAGAAGACAGAAUACCUUACACUUCUCAUACUUCGAUUUGCAACUACUGUAUCAAAGCGAUUGCAACUGUCAUAAAUAAAGAUCGCAUACAAUCGGUUAAAGCGGAUAUAUAUCGUUUGUGGAGUAUGUUGGAGAAACAUAAGAGAAAGUUGAUUAUCAUGCACACUCAGAAGGUUUUCGGAAAAAUAAUAGAAAAACAUUACGGGGAUAUAGAUAAAAUAGUAAAAGAUCCAAUGCUGUCUAUUGACAGUAAACGACGGCCGUACAAGAAACGGAAAAAUGUUGAUGAUACUGGUUGCAUGGUUCCUGCCAAACAAGGAUGUUCUAGUGCUACCGAGGGACAUGACGGCGGUGAAUCGAGCAUUCAAAGACCUAAGGAACCCGUAGUCAGGCCAGUCCAACCUCCUACUGCUGCAUCUUGUGCGCAGUUACAAGAAGCUUUGAUUUUCAUUAAAUUAGCAAUGGAAAGAGGUAUUCGAUUUUGA